UCAUAUAUUGUUCACCUCGUUUAUCUGAAUCUGUAUGGUGAAUUUUACCGUAGUUUGCGGGGAAUUACGUCUCGCCCAGAAUUCAUUUGUGGUGUAUUGGCGGCUUUCUAUCGGUGUUUCCUAUUGCCGACGUUACUAUAUUGCUGUUUAUCGUGCUUAAUUUUGCGCUUUUCUACACUUGUUCCUACGUACGUUCAAUCGUCGUCAAUUAUUGGAGUUUCUCCAGCUUCUUUCUCUUUUCGUUUUCGUCGUGUAUUUGACGUAGGGUGGUGCUUUGGCCGUCCUGCAAAAAAGAAGAAAAUCGGCCAUCCUGUUUGUAAUUUGUAAUCCGGCUGCAGCUUUAACUUGCUGAAACUCGGAUCGAUUAUUGAAUAGCGGAUAAUCCAAUAAAGCUAAUAUUUUAAUAUCGAAGCUCGCAAUUUAACGCUUGGAGUACAAUAAUAUCCAGAUCAAGAUCAAACUUUUAUAACUUGAAUAAAAAUGGGGAACGUUUUUGCAAAUUUAUUUAAAGGACUUUUUGGAAAAAAGGAAAUGAGAAUAUUGAUGGUCGGAUUAGAUGCCGCUGGUAAAACCACAAUUUUGUACAAACUCAAAUUAGGCGAAAUUGUUACAACGAUACCUACCAUUGGUUUCAACGUCGAGACUGUAGAAUACAAGAAUAUUAGCUUUACAGUAUGGGAUGUGGGCGGUCAAGAUAAAAUUCGUCCAUUGUGGAGGCAUUACUUCCAAAAUACACAAGGUCUUAUAUUCGUCGUUGAUAGCAAUGACAGAGAGCGUAUCGGUGAGGCGAGAGAGGAAUUGAUGCGUAUGUUAGCUGAAGACGAGCUCAGAGAUGCUGUUUUACUAAUAUUCGCAAACAAACAGGUGCGUAUCUUUAAAAUUAUUUGAUGGCGAUAUGUACGU